CGUAUACGUAGGAAGCCGCACGUUCUGUAGCGCGCGCGCGGCGCGCAUACUCGCGGCUGUAUAAAAGUAGAGGAGGCAAGGCCAGUUCCUCCAAAUUACACACAGCUGCCGAGUAUAAGUCAGUCGUGCCGGUUCCUAUCGUGCUACAACCCACGGAAGAAAUACUUGCCUGCAGGUGCGUGUCAGUCUAUUGAGGAUUUUGGAGCACAAUCACAAUCUGUACGAUGGCAUCCGUAAAAGAGCAACUACUCCACACAGUGAAGGAGCCCUCAGAAACGGGCAACAAUAAAGUCACCGUCGUUGGUGUUGGCCAAGUCGGCAUGGCUUGUGCCUUCAGCAUAUUAACCAAUAAUGUCUCGAGCGACCUAGUGCUGAUUGACGUGAUGGAAGACAAACUGAAGGGCGAAAUGUUGGAUCUGCAACACGGCAGUUCCUUUCUAAAAAACGCCAAGAUAAACGCGAGCACAGACUUCGCCGCAACGGCUAAUUCCUCGAUAUGCAUCAUCACUGCAGGCGCACGUCAGCGCGAAGGCGAGUCAAGAUUAGACCUUGUUCAGCGCAACACUGAUAUCUUCAAAGGCAUCAUUCCUCCUCUCGUCAAAUAUAGUCCAAACUCUAUUCUCCUUGUGGUAUCGAACCCUGUGGAUAUUUUGACGUACGUCGCGUGGAAAUUGUCGGGUUUCCCGAAGAAUCGUGUCAUUGGCAGCGGAACUAAUCUUGACUCGGCUAGGUUCAGAUUCUUGCUUUCUCAGAAACUCAAUGUUGCGCCUACCUCUUGUCACGGCUGGAUUAUCGGUGAACACGGAGAUACGAGUGUGCCAGUGUGGUCAGGCGUGAACGUUGCCGGCGUACGGCUCCGUGACAUCGAUGAAAAAGUCGGCACCGAGUGCGACAAAGAGAACUGGGGCGAGAUUCACAAGCAAGUCGUUGACAGCGCUUACGAGGUGAUCAAACUCAAGGGCUACACUUCCUGGGCUGUUGGCCUCAGUGUUUGCAAUCUCGCUUCUGCCUGUCUACGUAAUUCCAAUCAAGUUCAUGCGGUUUCCACCAAUGUUUGUGGAUAUCACGGAAUAAAUAGCGAAGUAUUUUUAUCGCUGCCCUGUGCACUUGGCCUUGAAGGUGUUCAGUCUGUUGUUAAUCAAAAAUUGACAGACAAAGAAUGUGAAAUGCUUCAUAAAUCCUCCGCAACCAUUAAUGAGGUUCAAAAAGGACUGAAAUUGAAAUCGCCACCGUGUCUGAAAGAUCAACUGAUAUGCAAUGUCGUGGAACGAGUCCAGGAUGGUAUGAAUAAAGUGACCGUAGUAGGUGCUGGUACGGUAGGAAUUGCUUGCCUCAAUGCAAUUCUCUUCCAGAAAAUCAGCAGCCACAUCGCGUUAGUAGACCCUUACCCGAAGAAACUACAAGGCGAAGGUAUGGACUAUCUGCAUGGUUCAGUAUUCCUGGGCAAUCCUCGCAUCGAGUACGACACCGACUUCUGCAUAAGUAGCAAUUCGCGAGUGGUGAUUAUCACGGCCGGGGCGCGACAAUUGAAAAACGAAUCGAGGCUCGACUUGCUGCAACGCAACGCCGACAUUAUUAAGAGUAUUAUUAUGCCGCUGGUUGAGUACAGUCCUAAAGCCGUUUUCGUUGUUGUCACCAAUCCAGUGGACAUACUGAGUUGGAUGGUCUGGAAAAUGAGCGGUGUACCAGUAAACCGAGUGAUGGGUUCGGGCACUCAUCUAGACUCCGCGCGUUUUCGUUAUAUGAUCGGCCAUCGACUUGGCUUGGCCCCGACUUCGGUUCACGGUUACAUUAUCGGCGAGCACGGUGACAGCCAAGUGCCAUUGUGGUCGGGAGUAAGCGUGGCAGGUGUACAGCUGCGUGAGGUGCAGUCUAACGUUGGCCUGUCUACCGACGAUGAGAAGUGGCAGGACGUCGCCAGCGAUGUCGUCAAAGCGGGAGCUACGGUCAGGUGCUUAAAAGGAUACUCGAACACCGCGGUGGGAUUGACGGUCGCUGAUAUCACCAAAGAUAUUUUGCGCGAUGCCCAGUCUGUCAAACCUGUUUCUACCCUCGUACAGGGACACCACGGAAUUGGUCACGAGAUUUUUUUAUCGCUUCCAUGUAAAAUUGGCCAAAACGGCAUCAGUGGGGUUGUUCGGAUGCGUAUCACCGAGGCUGAAAAGAAGAUGCUUCAGGCUUCUGCAGAUCAAGUGUAUAACGUUCAAAAGACCAUCAAAAUCUAA